AUGGGUACUGGUGCUGCUGGUGCCGGUGCCGCUGGUGCCGCUGGUGCAGCUGGCGCUGCAGGUGCUACUGGUGCCAACGCUGCUGGUGCCAAUGCUGCUGGUGCCAAUGCUGCUGGUGCCAAUGCUGCUGGUGCCAAUGCUGCUGGUGCCAAUGCUGCUGGUGCCAAUGCUGGUGGUGCCAAUGCUGCUGGUGCCAAUGCUGGUGGUGCCGGUGGCGCUGCUGGAGGUCUCGCUGGUCUCCUUGGUGGCCUCGGUGGCAACAAGCGUGGUCUCCUCGAUGCCCUCACCGGCGGCGCUGGCGGUGCUGGCGGUGCCGGUGCAGGCACCAAGACCCCUAAGGGAACCACCGAACAGGGUGUCGCUGCCGCUGCUGGCUCUGGUGCGUCCACUGGUCUCCCCACCACCGCCGACGAUGGCACAAUCACCAUGACCUUCCACCAAGUCAACCAGGACGGUGCCGGUCCUCUCACUGCCCAAAUCGAUGCCACCUCCGGCGGUACCGACCCCGCUGCCUUCCAGGACGCCCAGGUCACCCAGAACGUUCCUGGUAUCGGUAUCGGAGGUCUGUCUGCUGCCUCCACCACCGACUUCCCCGUCAAGGUCCAGAUGCCCGCUGGCAUGACCUGCCAGGGUACCGCUGGAGGUGCCUCCAACGUCUGCGUCGUCCGCAUGCAAAACGCAGCUCUCGCCGGUCCCUUUGGUGGCUCCGCUGCCUUCACUCAGAGCGCUGCGGCCAAGAAGAGGGCUGUCGAGUACAACCUCCGCAAGCGCCACAUGGCCCGUGGUAUCCUCGGAAAGCCCGAGUAA